UUCAGCGAGGGUUAAACGUCUAUUUUUGGAGAGGUCGAAUCAGGCCAGCUACCCGCGAACAAAACCUGCCCUAGCUACUGAGCAUGCUCAGUGUCAUUUAGAAACCCACAGAAGUUUCAGGAUAUACAGUUCUUCUUUUUUUUCUUUUUUUUUCCUUCUUCUUUUCUUUUCUUUUUUAGAUACCACAAGGGGAAGAGAAAGCAGAAAGACUCACAAAACGAGACAAGGGAAAGUAACCAUGGAGGAGGGAUAAGAUGAUCAAUAUCUAAUUAAUAUGAAAAGAAGAAAGUGAAGGGGCACUGGUAAAAAACAAAGUAUCAAAUGCAAAUACUUGGGUCUGUGUUUUGAUCUGAAGUGGGGUUUGUUUUUUUGUCUGUGAUUUCAUGAAUGGUCCCAGAACCAAAACAGAACCAGGGUUCUGAUCAAGCAGGAGAGGAGAAAACAAAAGGAAUACUUUGAAAGGAACAGGUUAAAAUCAAAAAUGAAAUUACUGGGAGUUUUGUCCCCUGCAAAAAAUUCCACUGCCAGUUUAGACCUCCUUAACCUAUAUAUGGUAAAUCAGAUAUCUUGUAAGAAGAAAACACCUGGUUUAGUCUCCAAACCAAAUAAAUCUUGCCCUUCAAAAUUCCCAAUUGGACACCUCUUCCUAGUGAUUUUUCAAGCAGCCAAUCUGGAGGGGAUGGGUAGGGAGCCAGAAACUGUAAAAAAACCAUUCCAUGUGAAUAUGAAUAGCAACAUAAAAAUGCUUCCAAAGAAAUGUGAAUUAGAACUUCCAAUGUCACCUCAUUGUACACCUUCUAAACUCUGCCUUGAUGAUGUAGAAAACAAUAUACACUAUCAAAAACUAGGUAACAAGGAAGAACUUGGCCAAGUUCAGUUAUCUCAAGUGAAGAACUCAUACAGUAUGUUUGAACCUCAGUUCAGCAGAAUAGAAAAGUGCAAUUUUACUCCACCAUCUUUUUCAGCAGAAUUACCUUCUCACAGACAUAUUCCAAAACAAAAUUUAAUUCCCAGAAUAACAUCUAGUCCUCAGAAACUUGUAUAUGAAAAAAAGCAAGAUGGGAAGCUCAACAGUGUGGAUUGUUCUAAUUCUUUGGUUUCUAAAAUAAAUGAAAGUCAAGAUGAUCUCAGUUCAUCAUAUAAACUAGCACAAUUUGGAACGUUAUUUGAAAGAUUAAACAGUCUAGGAAAUGGGAAUUUCCUUUCUAAAAGAUCAGCAAUAAUGAUGAGUGAGGAUUUUGGGAACAUGGAUAAAAGAAGACAGUCAGAUUUCAUUAUUGAAAAACAGUCAAUACAACAAAUCUUGGGAGAAAAUGGAAAAGAAGUUUCAAGUUUUCUGGAGAAUGUGAAUGAGCCAACACAUAGACUUCUGUCAGAGAAUUGUGACUCUUUUGUUCCUCAAAAUAUGAUAAAUUUAUUAGACUUUGAUCAACAAAGGGUAAAGAAAACCUUUGACAAAUGUGGCUAUGAUAGUUUAGGGGAUAUUUGUUUGGUUACAAGUUCGGAUGAAAACCAUUCCAUUGAUGGAAACAGAAGCAUUUUUACAGAUCCAGAGUCAACUUUUAGUAGUUCUACUUUAAAUAAAACAAGUUAUCCAGAAAAACAUCAACCAAACAGGAACUAUCAGAAAAAGCACAACAAUAAUGAAAUAAAUGGCUUUGCUACAUGUUUGGAGGAGGAUUGUUACCUGAUCAGCUCUGAAAAGAAAGGAAAACUUAACAAUGUUUACCAAGAGAAAACACCACAGAAAAAUAUCCAGGAAUAUCCAGUGAACUCUAUGGGCAGUGUUCCUUUGCAAGAAUUGUAUUCUAAACAAUCCUGGGAUUUAAGACUUGGUGAGAUUGUGAUGGAAGAAGGAAGAACAUGUUCUUUAAAAGGAAGGCCAACAUCCACAAAGAAGAUCUAUCUUGAUUCUUCACAGAGUAGUCAGUCUGCCAGUUACUCUCCAAGGCCAACGGAUAGUUGUUUCAGUUCUAGUUCAGAGAUGCCAUCAGAAGAUGAAGAUCAAAUGUUACAGCAAAUUGAAGACUCAAAUAAGAUAUGUGUCAAAACUACUGAAACAACCAAUGAUUUUCAUCUAGAAAGGAUGUCAAAAGUUUCAGGUGAUAGGAUUGGUAAAGAUAAUGCCAAAAUUCACAAACAAACUGAAAAUUUCUACCCAUUCUCAGUGAAAAAUAAUACAGAUCAAUCUCCUCAGUUGCAGUGCAAUUCAGCACAUGUGUUGCAAAACAAAAUCAAUAAUAACUGCAUUCUGCCAGUUGUAAGAUGUGAUGCAGGGGUACAAACAGAGAGAGAACCUGCAAUGGAAGAAAAAUUUGAUGCUUCCGUACAGUGUAAUAUAAUUUCACUAUGUACAUGUAGAAGUGAUGUGUCUCCUCUUUGCCAUAUAGAAAUACAGUGAAAAUAUUAAGGCAUAUACCACUGGAGGGCAGGAAAUCCUUAAGAAAAACUAGUAUUCUAAAAUCUCAGUCUAGGAUGUAACAUUUCAGUUGACCUUGGAAGGCAAUAAUAAAUGUUCAGAAUUUAAUUAACAUAAUAAGGAAUGAGAAAAUGUAACUAAGCAUUAGGCUAAAGUAUUUAGAAGGUCUAUUCAUGAUUCUAAGAUGUUUUAAUAUUUUAUGCACUUAAUUUUUGUAUAGGCAUUUCUUUGAUGGUUUAUUGAUUCAUCAAGGUUUUAUAAAAUAGUCUUAUAAAUAUAUUAUCAUUUUCAUGCUUAUUAUUCUUUACAUUAUUAUGAUAUGCUGUUAUUCCUGGAUUAAAAAUAUGCUUAGCUUUCUUCCUUGUGGCAUUUACUUUAAAAUUAGGUGCGGUUGUAUCUUGCAGGAAAAAUAUUUUUUUCCAAAACUUUAGGGCAGAAAAUAAUAGUACCUAAUGUGUUCUAUGUCAUUAUCAUAAGAAUUUUGUUAACUACUUCUCUUUAAUGUUAUACCCCACUUAAAAUUCUAGAUUUUUUUUUAACUCUGGUUUCAUUUGUGUGUUUAUGAGACUGCUGGGGAGCAAACUCAGAUCCUCACAAAUACUUGAGCAAACUCAGAUCCUCACAAACUCAGAUCCUCACAAAGUGCUCUACCACCAGUACCCACCAGUCUAUGGAUUAAUUUUUAGACACAUAUAUCUUCUUUUUUGUUUGGAUAACAUUUGUUGUUAGUGCUUGUAUCAACUCAGAGGAAGAUGUUUUCCUCCUUAAGGUUAAAAAAUAUUUUAAUGCUUUUAUAGAAAAAAGUUUUAAAAUUGGAAAAAUUUAUGUUUCUUUUUUAAUGUUGCUAGGCUUCUUUAACAAAUAUUACAUCAAAAUUUCUUAGUCUUUUAAAAUAUAGGCUUUGAUUCUAGCACAUUUAUCUUAUACCACAAUUUUAAAUGCUUGUACUUUAAAAUUGACACUUGUUUGGUUAUGCAGAUGCUCGGAGACUUAUUAGUGGGGGUUACAUCCUGAUAAACUGAUUGUAAUUGAAGAUAUUUUAAGUUGAAAAUGCAUUUAGCUUACCUAACUUAUCAAGUAUCAUAGCUUAGCAAUAUACUACAUUAUAUAAACUAUUGGUUUUCCCACAUGAUAGAGUGGCUGACAGUGUUUGCAGCUUGUCACCAACACUGUGGACUAUUAUACUACAAAUGGCUAAAUCAGGAAAAGAUCAAAAUUCCAUUAUGGAUUUAUUUCCUGAGCACUAUUUUGCAAAAAUAUAACAUAUUGUGUAGGAAAGACUAAUUAUGUGGAACAAGAAGACUAUACUGAUAACUUUGAAAUAAUAUUAAGCUGUGAGUCUUACCUCAGUCUCAACUGUUAAAUAAACCAGUGUUUUCCAAAUAUGAAUCAAAGUUUGUCAAUAUAGAAAGCAAAUUAACUACAAAAGUCUACACUAGUUCAGUUUUAUCAAUAUCAUAAUGUAAUAGUUAAGCUCAGUAAUGCAUGAAUUUUGGAGCUUUUAAAAGGCAGUGAUCACUCCCAGUGAGAGCAGGGAAUUUGCAGGGUAGUACAGAAAUUAAUCUUGUCCAAAAAAAGGUUUGGCCUUCAUUUCUGGGAGUGUCAUUCUGUUUUUUUUUGGUACCAGGGAUUGAACCUAGGAGUGCUUAACCACUGAGCCACGUCCCCAGCCCUUUAUUUUUUAUUUUGAGACAGGGUCUCGCUAAGCUGCUUAGGGCCUCACUAAGUUGCUGAGGCUGGCUUUGAACUCACAAUCCUCUGUUAGCCUCCUAAACUGCUGAGAUUAUAGGCAUGUUAUUCUAAACGAGUCUUCUUAUUAACCUGAGAACCUUGGGAGAAGCCACAUUGUAACAGUGUGAAUUAAGAUGAAGCUUUUGAUUCAAUCAGUAUCAGCUUGAUUUCCUUUGGGACUGGAGAAUGAGAUCAAUCAUUUAGGCAGUCACCAUGCCAUUGUGUUGGAGCCCUAGUAAAGACUCAGGACACCAUAGCUCAGGCAAACUUCCCUAAUUAGCAGUACUCCAUGUAUAUUGUCAUAUCUUUGUAGGAAAGUAAUGUUAUCUAUGAUUUUGUGAGAGAACUAUUAGAAGCUCUAUGUUUGUUAUUUUCCUAGACUAUGUCUGUGAGAUUCUUCUGGCUGAUGUUAAUCUGUAUUCUUUCUCUGUAAUAAACCACAACUGUGAAUACAACAUCUUUCAAAGAGU